AUGGGCACCUGGAGUGGUCGGGGGCUGCGCAGAAGCCUGAGGACCUGAGGGAGUCCAGUCUUUCCUGAGAGAGCAGUGUGAAAGAUCUCAGUGCCAUGGGAUAAGUCUUACUUCAUCGACCUUUACCGCAAGACAACACACAAAAAUGGCAGUGCUCCGAUUUGUUCGUUCCCGGGUGAUUGGUGUAGUAGCGGUGGUGUUGCUGCUUGCUGACUUGUCACUAGCGAGCGGCAUCAGCUGCUACAAGUGCUCCUCCAAGAACGGCAGCGACAUCAAUUGUGACGACCCUUUCCACCCGGCGCACUCCAAGUUCGAGGAUGACUGCCACGUCCCCAAGGAACGCCACAUCGGGCAGUUCCCCGCUAACUUCUGCGUCAAGAUCGUCGGUACCUCAGCUGUGACCGGAGAGUCGCUGAUGAUCAGGACGUGUGUGCUGGAAAACAUGGACUCCCAGUGCGGGGUCUUCAAGUUUGGCGGGGAGCAGCUGACUGGCUGCAUCCUCACCUGCACCUAUGACGGCUGCAACUCCGCUCCCAGGGGGUCUCAUCCACGUAUUCUCCUCAUCCUUACCCCGGUGGCAUUUCUCAUCCACCUGUUGCGUUGAUCAUCCGGCCGUUGUCUUCAUCAUCUAAUCACUUUCUUCAUCCACAACAAUUGUUGAUCAUCCAACCGCUGUUGGGAUCAUCCGGCUACUGUCUUGAUCAUCCUGAACAAUUGUUGAUCAUCUGGCCAGUCUUCAUCAUCGGGAUCCUGUGUUGAUAAUGAGGCCACUGUGUUGAUCUGGGCCUUGUCUUACUGGGACAGUCAUCCAAGUGCCAAAGGGACAGUCAUCCACCUGUUUCUGGAGUAAUUCAAAGCCCAUCAGAGCCCAGUUUUAAGAACUCAGUACAGUAUUUUAACUUCACGCCACGUUGUUGAGAUUUUUCCUGUCAUAUGAAGCUUGGAUAAAAAUAAUAAAUCUGUUGUAAAUGUA